AUUCCGGUUCAUCCGAUCUGCACCGGGUCGAGACGGGUUCGUUAUCUCAUCACCUCGUGGAGACGGACGGAAAUGGCGAAAGGGGAGGGCAGCGAAAUGAGUCUGGAUCAGCUUCCUUCUGCUCUUCUCGCCACCAUCUUCACGAAGCUCGACAUCUCUUCUAUCUGUUCUGUCGCCUCCACCUGCUCCGCCUUCAAGUCCUGCGCUUCUCACAUCCUCUCCUUCCUUCCCAAUUUCCACCUCCUUGACAUUGCGCCAACUGUGGAUUUGCUGACGCCGUUGCUGCCACCGAAUCCCUAUCUUAGGAGCCUCAAAGUUGAUUGUGGUCGGCUUGAUGAUUCAGCUAUACACCUUCUGGUUAAACCAUCUUUGCAGGAGCUUUCUCUGCAUAACUGUUCUGAUUUUAGUGGGAAACUGCUUUCUGAGAUUGGGAACCGAUGCAAGGACCUAAGGUCUCUCUACUUGAGUUCAGUGGCAGAAAAAAGAGGGAGAUCAAUUCAUAUUUCUGAUCUGGAGGAGUUGCUUAGCGGCUGCUCUCAGUUGGAAGCACUGAUUCUGAUGUUUGAUGUCUCUCUAUUCCUGCGUCAUAAUUUUGCCCGAGUUUGGGCCAUGGCCUCAGAGAAAAUCACAUCUCUUGAGAUCGGCUACAUAUCCUCAGUAACAGUGACUGAACUGCUUAGCCCAAAUUUAGGAUCCCAUCAGUCCCUAAAUCCUGUCCAAUCAUACGUAUUGCCUAGUAUUCAGAAGCUAUGCCUUUCAGUUGACUAUAUAACUGAUGCGAUGGUUGGUACAAUAUCCAAAGGACUAGUCUUUUUGACCCAUUUGGACCUUCGAGAUGCACCCCUCAUUGAACCAAGAAUCACCUUUGACCUAACCAAUGCUGGCCUCCAACAAAUUAAUCAACAUGGAAGGUUGAAACAUCUGUCACUUGUCCGGAGCCAGGAGUUCCUAAUUACUUACUUUCGAAGAGUAAAUGAUUUGGGCUUACUUUUAAUGGCCGACAAGUGCACAAAUAUGGAAAGCAUAUGCCUGGGUGGCUUUUGCCGUGUUACAGACACAGGUUUCAAAACUAUCCUGCAUUCAUGCUGUCGCUUAUACAAGCUUAAGGUGUCUCAUGGGACUCAGUUAACUGAUCUAGUUUUUCAUGAUAUUUCUGCAACGUCCCUUUCCUUAACUCACGUGAGCCUAAGAUGGUGCAAUCUAUUAACCAAUCACGCUGUCUUGAAUUUGGCAUCAAACAAGGAUCUUAAAAUUCUGGACCUGAGAGACUGUAGGAGCCUUGGGGAUGAAGGCCUCCGAGCCAUCGGUGUUCUUGCCAGACUAAAAAUCCUACUACUGGAUGGCUCUGAUAUAACAGACACGGGGCUUUCAUACUUAAGACCACGGGUUAUACGUUCACUUAAUGCUUUGUCUCUAAGAGGGUGCAAAAGACUUACAGAUAAAUGCAUCUCGACUCUCUUUGAUUGCUCUGGUCCGCUUGAAUUGAGAGAACUGGACCUAUCCAAUCUUCCUAACCUGUCUGAUAAUGGAGUUCUGAUGCUGGCAAGGAGUCAAAUUCCAGUAUCUGAACUCCGGAUGCGACAGUGCCCUCAAAUUGGGGACACCUCAGUGAUGGCAUUGGCAUCGAUGCUGGUUGACGAGGCCAAAUGGCAUGGAAGCAGCUUGCGGUUGCUGGAUCUGUACAACUGCGGGGGCAUUACACAGCUGUCAUUUAGAUGGCUAAAGAAACCAUACUUCCCCAGGUUGAGAUGGUUGGGAGUGACGGGAAGUGUUAACAAGGAUAUGGUGGAUGCCCUGGCCAGAAGCAGGCCUCUGCUGCACGUGGCAUGCCAUGGAGAGGAACUUGGGCCCGAGCCCUACGAUAGCUCUGAUAGUUUAUACACGCAUGACUACGGGGAGGUUGAUGAAUUUGAGCAGUGGCUCCACGAAGGCGACAUUGAUAGUGACGACGAGGAGAUGGGCGACCCCGAAAACAAUGUACUGGUUGUUUAGUUUGAUAAUCGAUGUAUUUAGAUGUUUGUGGUGUGUACUACGCUGUAACUUGUCUUAGCUAUUAGCAUCUAGAGACGCCUGUGUGUUAUGUUGCAAAGGAAACGCUGUGCAUAACAAUUUCGUGAUGUUUGGAAGUUGGAACUAGCUCAAAUCAUAUCAGCUUAUCAAACA